AUGCCAGGUAAUGAUUUGUUGCCUCGACUUCUGAACUCCCGGCACUUGUUGAGGUCGGCGAUGAGUUUGGAAAUCGUUCGUGAGGAGUUGAGCGGAGAGUCCAAGCUGGUCCCGCGCUUCGCGCUGAAAGGAGCGCUGCCCGAUGCAUUGUUGGAGCAAUACGAAUUCUGGCGCGGGGAGCGGCGACUCGUUGGGAAACUGCAACGCAGGACGGGGGAUGCUCCGCUGACGACGCCGAGCUGCCUGGUGGUCCAUCUGUCGGAGCGCUGUCAUGUGCAACGCUUGGCCUUGGAUUUACCGAGGAAGGAUCCUGAGAAGCAGCUGGACGAAUUGAUGUUUGCAAAGUCCAGCAAUGUGGUUCAAGGGGAGACGCUGGUGGAUCUCUUGCAUGCCAAACAGACGUCCAGUACCUAUCAGGUGGCCCAGUGGCUGCUUCACCUGGACGACUUGUCUCAUGUGUUGGCCUGGUCCAGCGCGCAGGUGUUGAAUGGAGAGUUGAUGGACUUAGAGAAGGAACCGCCUUUGACGCUGGUUGAGCUGCCCAGGCUGGGCUUGAGCUUCACAGCGGACAGCGCGGACGCAGCUGGCGGACUGCGCUGCGACCAGCAUGGCGGGCUGAAGGUGGUGGGUCAUCGCAACUUCCACAACCAGAAGAGCUUGGAGAGGCUGCUGAAGCCCUUUCCACAUUUUGUCCUUUUAGAGGAUGACUUCGGCGAGCUAUUCCUCUUGAGUUCCCUGGCGCAGCGUCCUCGCCAGACGGCUGCAGAGGGUCUCCAGUGGCAAAGGGGCGAUGAGUCUUGGCUCUCAAAGCUUCGACAGGAGCAGAGGCAUCAGCUGUAUCGCAUCUUCACAGAGUUUCUCAUUGCGCCAUCCCUUUUAGCGGAGUUACAUCUCAUGCUGCUCCGUGUGGCGCAGGGAAUGUUCAGCGAUGCAUGCAGCGGGGUGAUGGCAUGUAUUGCUUCGGGCUUGCCUCAACAACCGGAAGAGUCCUUGCUGUGGGAUGAAAUCACCUCCUUUCUACGAGGAGAUGCACGGCUGGGCGCGGCGGUCCUGCGCUUGAAGCUGGUGUUACAGCUGCAUCGGCAGGGACAGGGCAUCCCGGAAGGCUGGAAUCCAGAGGCCGACUUUUUGGCCUGGGCCAAUUAUGGCUGGGACUCCGUGGAGGGUCAGUUGUUGACCUUGGAAGAGGAAGCUGCGUUGCUGGAUCUCCUGGGAGCCAGUUCGGAAGAGGCGAAUUGGGAGCUCCGCGCGCGCAGCGCCGUGCAUCGCAGCGUGCUGCAGAUCUCAGCGGCCCGAGGACACGUGACCCAGGGUAGCCAGGGCGACAGCGAUGGAGGCGGCCUCGGCCGAAAGAAAGUGCAGCUGCAACGCUCCAAGGACCUGGGGACGCCCGGCCCCCUGGAGCGUGGCAAAGUCGUAUUGGAUAACGUGCCAAUGGAACCAUUGAGUCUGAUGCUGGAGUCGCCUCCCGACGUCGAGGGACCGUCUCACGCCCUCUUUCUGGAGCAAGAUGAACCAGGGGAUCUGAAACGGGGCGUGCUGGCGGUUUCUUCCCUCUUGAGGUGCCUCCCAUUGCGUCUUUCCCGUGAUUUCUUGCUGCUCUACGAACUUCUGAAUAGAUCGCGCACGGUCUGGUUAUUGCCCAGUGAUGACCCUGCGCUCACAGCGGAACUCUUGGUUCGCCUGGUUCCAUCUGAAGAACUACAGCAGAGACCAGCAUUGGCCGCCUUGCUACGCCUCAUGGAGUCACCCUCCAUCGCUCAGAGGCUCCCCAAGUUCCGUUCGCCGAUUGAGACCUGGAUCCCUUCGCUACUCAGCAGCUUGAAAGAGUUCGUUCAGGAAAUGCAGGAUUUGAAACAUGGCCCUAGCGAGUCGCCGGGACCAUUGCCUUCAGCCUUUUGGACCUUUGAACGCUCGAGUUUGGGCACCUGGAAACUCGUGGACUGCGACAGCGUCGAUGCGAAACUCGUGGGAGUUGCAGAGACGGAGACCCAGGAGACGGUGGGAAGCCCUUUGAGCAACGGGAGGCUUCUGGAGGUCAUGAGAGUCAUGGGUGCUUUUGGAGAUCGCCGUCUGCCAUCCAACACCUGGGACUUUGAUUGCAGGACUCGGUGCCUUGGACAAGGGCAAGCAGAAUCCAUGCGAGGAGGAAACGAGGGCAAUAUUUGGCAAGGUUGCAUCAAAGAAUUGCACGAUCACUGGCCGCUGCUGGCCUUCACGCAACUGCCCGCACUGGCAUCAAAACCAUUCAUGUCUUUGGGUUUGAAUGGGGUCUUGGGAAGUGCUGAUAUCUCGGUCGACAAGGACGUGGCGGCGUUGAAGUUUCUGGCGGAGCAGAGUCCCAUGACGUCCAACUCCUCGGGGCGUGCGUUGCUGCGACGCUUGAAGGCAGACUUUCAGAACUUUGGUGAGCUACAACAAGCGACCUUCCGCAACAUCACCAGCAGCACUGCUUCACAAGUGCUGCAGGAGCGGCAUCAGUUGGAAGCGCUGCAAUCGGAGACCGAAAGUUUGAUCCAAGCGCUGGAGAGCAUGUUACAGGAGGACACUAAAGCAAUGUAUGAAGCCAUGGAGGCGGCCAAAGCGAUGGCCAACGGCGCAGGUGCGACGCCGGAACAAGCAGCCUGA